UGUCGGUAUUAUGUUAUCAUAUCCUGUUUUAUAUUUCUUUUUAAUGUCCAAGGACAGUUCUUGCUUGUCUCAGUUGAACAAGCAAACUUGAUCUUCUCCUUAAAAACUCGUCUUUGAAACUGUGAAAGAAGACAGCAAAGCAAAAAGAAAGGUUAAUCAUGUCCUCUCCAAGCAAACGCAGAGAGAUGGACUUGAUGAAAUUGAUGAUGAGUGACUACAAAGUUGAUAUUAUCAAUGAUGACAUGCAAGAGUUCUAUGUUCAUUUCCAUGGACCCAAUGAAAGUCCUUAUCAUGGGGGUGUGUGGAGGAUAAGAGUUGAGCUGCCUGAUGCUUAUCCAUAUAAAUCUCCAUCAAUUGGUUUUAUCAAUAAGAUAUACCACCCAAAUGUUGAUGAAAUGUCUGGCUCUGUUUGUUUAGAUGUUAUCAAUCAGACCUGGAGUCCCAUGUUUGAUUUGGUAAAUGUAUUCGAGGUAUUUCUACCACAGCUUCUUUUGUACCCUAACCCAUCUGACCCAUUAAAUGGAGAGGCUGCAGCUCUGAUGAUGCGUGACCGGACUGCUUAUGAGCAAAGAGUUAAAGAAUACUGUGAGAAAUAUGCCAAGCCAGAAGACAUAGGGGCUGCCGAAGAAGAAAAGUGUAGUGAUGAAGAAUUGACUGAAGAUGAAUACGAGUCUCACGAUGAGGAAAUGGCAGGUGAAGCAGAUCCAUAAUUAGAUUGCAGCCAAUCCUUUGAAGUGUUGUAGUAUUUGUACAUGAUGAUUAUGUGUUUAGCUUCUGUGAAAAAGAACUCCAACUGACACAAUGGAGCUGUGUAUUAUUGGGUAGGAAAAGAAAGUUAUUUUAGUUUCCUUUGUAAAUAAAUGUAUCAUUGCUUAAUGUUCCAUCCCAGUUAUUUGACAUUGUUAAUUCAUCUCCUGUGGUAUCAAGCCAUGUUUUUUUAUUUUUCUUAA